CUGUGCUUAUAGUGUCUAUCAUAUCGAAGUAGACAAUUAUGAAAGAAAAAUAAUGAAAAAGUUCAUAUUAUCCUGCCUCGUACUAACAGCAUCAGCAUGGUCGCGCCCCUUCUAUCCAGUGCGAGGACCGAUGCGCUUCACCAGGUUCGCGCCGCCACCGCCAGGGUUCAGGCCGCAUCAUCAUCCUUCGCAUCUACAGCUGCAUUCACAACCUCACGCUCAGGCGCCUGCUCAUUUGCCACAGCAUAGGACUCCUGUGGAAUCAGCAGAACUAGAAGAGCCCCAAUGGCAGCGACCAAAGCGUGGUCACGACGACUAUGACCACGACCACGACCACCGCGGCACAAGCGGGGUCACCGGCCCCGUCCAUACAUUCGUGAAGACCGACAAGAAUGCCAACUAUAAGUGGGGUGUUAGACACCAUGUGGGGGACAAGUACGCUUCUUAACCCCCAGAGUGACGAGGUUGGGGGAAUUCUGUUACGUUAUUUAUUUAGUUGUUAUGUUAGAGAUUAUUGUUGUGUUAGUUAAUUAA